UCACCUGCUUUGCUUUGAGUACUUACUAAUUUGAUUUGUGUCAAACGUUGAAUUUGUGAUUGUUUACGCUCUGUAUUAUUAUUAUUAUUAUAAUGAUCUAUCACAUUAUAUACAUAAACAGAUUUAUUUUUGAAUAGCACAUACAUAAUUAAUAAAUGUAGCACUGUAUUAGGUUGUAAAUGGAUGGUUUCGGGAUAUUUUUUGUAGUAUGUGGAUGCUUUUAUUUGGCCUGCAGAUGGUUGAUACCAGAAUUGUUGACAUGGUAUAUCAGUAGAAAAUUUAACAUUGAUAUUCGAAUCGGUCAAAUUGGAGUGUUUUAUUUCAAACUGAAGGAUGUAGUUAUAUACAAAAAUGGUUUCACUAUCCACAUAGAUAAGAUCAGCUUCCGGAGCAGUUUCUUGAGCAGCGAAGUAGCGAAGUUGCUGUCAGUGGUGGUCCACGAUGUCAGGAUCAACAAGGAUGUCAGGAGCAAGAGAAGUGGCCAGCCCCGGCCUUGGCAGCCCCCUCCGUCAUUCCACAACCAGAGGAUACCACCCACUGUUAUCACAUUUGCUCAGUUCAUGGCCGUGGACAUCCACUCGGUGACGGGAAUGUUCCUGUGGACAGACAGUCCUGAGUGGCUCCUCCACAUGACGUUGACUGACAUCCACAUUGACGGUUCCAUACUACACAGCUCUCGUUCACUGCUGGUCAAUAUCACUGUUAGGUCAUCCAGCGCCAAGCUGCUUCGUCACGCUGCCGAUGCCUGUCUCGCUGAGCUGUCAGUGGCACUAGCUGCUGAGGCGACAUUCGUAGCACAAGGCCCACUGUCCCUCGAGGAAGUGUAUGUGGGGCUAGAACAUACGAAGGCUGUGAUUAAUGAUGGGUUCUACAGCUUCGUUCAGGAGCGUCACAAGCCAGAGCCACUCUCCAGUAAACCUGAUGUUGCCAUCAUCGUUCAGAGACUCGCUCCCAUCAUCCCCAAGCUGCUGACCCUGAAACUGGAAGACGCUCUGCUGCAAGACAUGGCGACUCUACAACUCUUCCAAUUAAAGACAAAGUUCGCCCCCGCCAUCCCCCCCGCCUCUUGGCCCCAGCUGGCUGUGGAACUCAAAAUCAAUGGAUUCCAUGUCAGUAAAGACACCAGCAGGCUCCUCACACUUAACAAACUUAGUUUUGACGCUGAGGUCAUGGAAAAGGUGAUCAUCGUCCAGUUCUCUCUCAAAAACCUCUUAGCCUCUUACGAUCACGAGAAUGUCUACUCUUGGCUACUCACACACUUGCAUCAGCCGCAGGACUUCCAGGAGGUGGAGGGUGAGGAAGAGGUGUCCGACUGGGAAUGGCUGCAAGGAGUGGAACUCAAGGGGAAGGUAGAGCUGCUCAACGUGACGACAAUACUGCGACUCUCCCAGACCACUGUGGACGCUGUGUCAGGCUUCAACCACCUCAAGGUUGUGUGCACCUGUGAUCCCUCGUCUGUCAAUGCUGAGGGACACAAGUACACGGCCGAGCUGCUGAUGGAGUCGGCAUGGUGUCGUCUGAACAGUGGGCAGGAUGCCCCUCCCGGCAAGAGCCACAUCUGGGGCACACCGCUGUAUUUGGGCGUCACGCUCGUCAACCUGCGACGCCCACUCACAGGGCCAGCUCGGCUGCAGGGGAUGCUGGACAUUGUUCGAGUUGAGUGGAGUCCACCUCUCGCCUCAUUCCUUGCACACGCAGCAUCAUGUGUCAAAGACUACCAGUGUCUGCGAAAUGUACAGCAAUCUUCUAGAUCAUCUACUGCAGUAAAUAUUCACAUUGAUACUACAAUCAACAUAACAAAUACAAAUGCAUUUCUUAUCGCAGACAAGAAAGUCUGCAUAGUUGUGCGGUUGGAUAAAAUGUUGGUCGACAGCAGACAAGCCAAACUUUCCAUCACAUUAGAAGGAGCCAAGAUCAUGUCUAUCUCCCCCACCAAAGCCCAGUAUACUUGUCUUCGGUCUGAAGAAAUUAAGGCAGCGUGUGGACACGUGAAGAUGGUCCGGGCAGAGUGGCACAAGCAGGACAACAUGUGGCUGGUGGAGCUCACCGAGGAGGUGGACACCGUCUGGAGUCCUAACCUGCAUCUUAAGUUGCUCACUCUGUUCAAGGAGAUGAAAGCACUUAGGAACACUCUGGUCUCACCAGAUAGAGAAACAGUUGUCUCAGAGAGAAGCUCUGUCCCUGAGUCACCUCCUAGAAAACUUCAAGUCAAAGUGAAAGCUCGUCUGCGGUGCAACCUCAUUCUCUCCUCCAAACAUAACCUAACUUUCACAACUGAUGACAUAGCUUAUUUGUAUGCCAAAGACAACUGCUUGCUUGAAACUUCACUGCUGAAGAUCGCUGUUGAUGGUGCUACUAUUUUCACUUUUGAGAACCUGGAAGUGAAGAGGCUCCAUGACAGUGAGGUUGUGAAAGGGGAACGCGCUAACUCCGAUGGCUUUUUACUAGCAUGGAACAACACCUGGGGAGUCUCUAUCAAGUCGCUGAAGAUGAUAUUCCCGUAUGAGCACAACUUCACUGAUGCUGUCCAAAAGGAGUUCAUCAGCAUUGUGAAGUGGCUGCGGUCUCUGUAUCGUAAACAGAAACCCACCAAUGAUGUGCAACCUUUGCCAUCAGACUUGGUUAUCAAGCUAAAAGAGUUUGUGUUUGAGAUGAGUGAUGAUCCAUUUGAAGUUCGUUUGAGAGACAAUUACGAGCUUCUAGAAGAUGAGUACAAGGAGAUCCUCAAGCGUCAGAAAAUGUUGGAUGCAAAGGUGGCCGACAUGUGCAAGACGCGGCGGCUGUUGCCAGCUGGUAAAGUUGAAGAGUUGUAUCAAAAUUUCAACAAGCUGAAUUCCCAAAUCUAUCUUCAGCGCAGCCGUCAGAUGAAACAGGCAGGGACACGCACUAGACUGUUUGCUUGGAUCAUGUCAGAAGUGGAGAUAAUCGCUCUGGCUGAUCCGUCGAUACAUGGAGCAGAGAAUGUGGUCAAGGUCAUGACGGAGAUCGACUGUGACACACCUUGGCCAGAGGAGGGAGUUGAGUUCUCCACUCUGUGGUGUCGCUCAGUGACCGCAAGCUGUGUCGAGUGGAAAUUUCAACUGCGGGACUUCCCACAACCGUGGCUGGACAUCGGACAGCUGCAUAUGUGGGGGCGACUGGUGGGUGCGGAGCAAAUGGCAACACGCAGAGCAAAGAGAGAGGUGGUGAUAGAGCUGGGCGAGCCAUGGGGUCAAGUGGAAGUAGAACGCAGCAUGACGUCACUGAAGUUCUACCACGAUCUCAACUGCGAAGUGGAGCACUUCAGUUACGCCUUCGGUCCAUGUUGGGAACCGGUCAUAGCUCAGUGCAACCUCAGUUUCGAGAAGAUCUCCAGACCCUCCCUGGACCCCAGUCCACCACUGUCGUUCUGGGACAAGAUGAGGCUGCUGAUCCAUGGCCAACUGACAAUGGAGAUACACCAGCUGACUGUGCUGCUGCAUGCCUCCCUGGACCCCUACAACACCACUGAGGAGAUGGAGGUCACCUGGAGCAAUGUGGUCAUGGACUGGACCAAUGCGAAGGUGGUAUUCAAGGGCAACUUUGACAUCUGGGUGCGGACAGCAUCCAAGUACGAUGACUGUAGACUUCUCCACCUUCCUAACCUGAAACUGAGUAUCAAGCUGUCUUGGGUGUGUCUGGGCAACCCCAAUGACCACCACUCGGUCAUGCCAUGUGCUCCUGAUAAACUACCAGAAUACUCUAGCAACCAGGUUCACGAUUCCUAUAGAGCGUUUCGUUCUCAAAAUUUGAACGUAACUCUGGCCUUGGAGACCAAACCGUUGUCAAGUGUCGACUCAUCAGAGGUCAACUGUCCUGUUGCUCUACUCUACGGCAGUACAUUACGAUGGUUUGAGAAUCUGAAGCUGAUCUUAUCAGGAGUGACCAGACCGACCCGCAGGGGUACGGCCUUCCACAACCUGAGACCUCGGAAGAUUCCUCUGAGCCGUCACUACCGCACCAUCCACCUGUCUCUGGCUCUACACCGGUUCCACAUCCACUACUGGAUGUCCUUUGCUAUGCAACGAGGCCUGGAGCUCACAGGACAACGUAUAUCCUCCAGCUCUGAACAUACAUUGACGCUGGUACCAGUAGAUGAUGGGUUGAAGCACCGGCCUCGGCCUGAGUGGGCCAUUGUGUACAUGACUUGCGAGCUUAACGAUGCCGAGGUUUGGCUGAAGAGCGCGCUGCCGGAGGAGAGUGGCAAGGAAACACUCUCACUGCGGCAACCUGUGGAGAAGUGCUAUUGCCUGAGUGUAGGAAAGGUGUCGUAUGGCAGAGAGGCAUCCCCUCUAGGUGUGAAGUGUCGGGGUCUCAAAGAGGGCAACCCUACACACAGGCUGGUGGUCCACCAUUUGAAGGGUGCUUGGACCAUGAGUAACCGAGAGGUGGCUUUUGCACUAUUUGACUCGUUCAUGAAGACCAAGCAAUUGAAGAAGAAUUUGUCAACUGAAGCUCUGAAAGGAUUCCGGGGAGACACAACGAGCACACCUCUCAAAUCUCGCAAUCGUAACACCGGAGGACAAGUCACCCCACCUGCGCCCCCUCCACCUGCACCUGCCAUUCAAGCAACUCCUUCACCAAUGACCAAGCUGCAGUCAGGGCAGGCGGCAACCAUGCUACAGCAACUUAUUGCUGAGGCAGAGAACAAGAACGUGGUGUUCAGCGAUGACCUCAGCACACAGACUCGGGAGCAGCAGCUGCAGGGGCUGGCUGCAUGUCACGAGGAUGAUGUGGUCCACAAGAAUUGGCUCAUCGCUCUUGUGAACAGUCAAGUGCUCCUGAAGGGCAUAGAGACUAAGGGCUACGUGAUAUUGAGUGCUGCCAAAGCUGAAAUCCUCCAGAGGGUGCACCGGCCUGUAUGGAAGGACAGGACUCUGGUCUCCAAGACCACCUGGGUCGGCUCGUUGGAGUGUAUGCAGUACUAUGCCACAGUCAGUGCUGGCGAGAACGACUCCUUGGAUGAAAACAUAAUGUGGUUAAAUGUGGAAAACAUACAGGAGAAAGAGGGAACAUAUAUCACAGACCUCCCCGACUUGCCCCACCUGGUGGGCAGUGGGCAGAGUGUCGGGGGAGUGAUCAGUGAGACAGUGGGGGCCAGCAGUACAGAGGAGAACCCUCCUUUACAGCUACAAAGGAUAGUGUCACGGUGCAAGUGUGAGUUCUUUUACGUGGGGUACGGUGAGAGUUCCAUGGACCCCCACAACCUGGCGGAGGUACCUCCCGUGCCUCCAGAGGAGCCCAGUGGUCUAUGGGAGCGACGGGAAACUGCUGUGGAUGCCUUCACACUCAUGCAUCAUGACCUUGACGUCUGUACCAACUCCCUGCAGUAUGCCAUGAUUUUGGACAUAGUCAACAACCUGCUGCUGUAUGUGCCACCGAGACGGAAGGAGGCUUACGAGCGCUUACAGAGGAUGAGGUUCCAGCUGCAGCUACACAGUGUAGAAGACCAGCAUAGACCCAUUCAGCAGCUGCAGAAUCAUGUGCGAUCAUUGGUGUCCAAACUGCGUAAGCUGGAGAAGGAAACUUACCUGGUACAGAGAGCCCUAGCGGACGAGCCGGGCAGCGAACAUCUUCUCACGGAGAUGGAGAUUCUGGAAGAGCGGGUAUAUGACUGCAAAGAGCAGCUGUUGUCCCAAAGUGAUGAGCUGCACAUGAUGCUCUCCUGUUACAAAGAGACACAGCUCUCGACGAGUCAGAAGCUGGCGACAACGCGCAGGGACAAACCGGUCACUGUGGUGCGAGCCAAUGAGAUCUGCUUCAAGCAUGCACAGUGGCGACUCACAGAUGCUGACGGACAGUUGGGCAUCGCUGAUCUCGUACUGUCCAACUUUCUGUAUACCAAGAACUCCAAGAGUGACGACUCCGUGGAACACCUUCUAGAGGUCGGCUAUGUCAGGAUGACUAAUCUACUACCGAAUCAAGUCUACAAGGAGGUCAUUGUACCAACAGAAAUCCAGAGCAACAUGCCAGUUGAUCGGAAGAGGGCUGUUAGAGUGUUUUGCCGUGAAAAAGCUCCUGUCGGAGGAAUUUCUGUGAAGGAGCAUUUUGAGAUCAACGUUGUGCCUUUAACCAUAGGUCUGACAAAGAAAUUUUACAAUACCAUGCUGCGGUUCUGUUUCCCGGAGCGGGAUCCAGAGAACAUUGAAGGAGACGGGUUGGAGGAGGCUGAGAGUGGCAGUACCUCAUCAAAAAAGAGCAAGAGUUCUGAAAAAACUGUUAAAAAGGGCAAAGAUUCCAAUUUUUAUGUCCGUAUAGAGCAAAAGGAUGAUGUGGAAAAAAUGAAGGAGCGAGCAGAGAAGAACAAGCUGUUCAUCUACAUCAAGAUCCCAGAGGUGCCGAUGAAGGUGAGCUACAAGGGGAACAAAGAGAAGAACCUGGAAGAUAUCCAGGACGUGAGCCUGGUGAUACCCACUCUGGAAUAUCACAAUGUUACGUGGACUUGGCUGGACCUGCUGCUGGCCAUGAAGAAUGAUAGCAGAAGAGUCAUAUUGCCGCAGGCAAUAAAGCAGAAAUUCCAGAUCAAAGUGAAGCGAGGGGUUGUCAGCGAGGGUCCCUCACCUCAGGAGGAGGACAAGGCGAGGAUUCUGCUUGGUUCCAAGCUGAUGCCUCAAGAAAGUAGAGGACAGAAAAAAGGUGUAUUCAAGCUUCCAAACUAAGGAACUAAAAAUUCCAUGCUAUGGAUCAGGGUUACUCUUCAAGGGACUGCUGCCUGAAACAGAUUUCCUUAGCUAUUUUUUAGAUUUGCAAAUUUAAUAUUAACUUGUGUUCUAGUCUUUAUUUUAUCUGUAUAUAAUGUAAUUUUAAAGCAUUUUCACACAAUGUACUACUGUGUAUUAUUGCUAGGGAAUGUGAAGUCAAUAUUGUUGCUGUUAUAGCCUAUUAGUUUUAUUGAACCAACUUGUUACAAACAACUGUUUUUCUGUUACAAUCUUGCUUUUAUUCUCUUGGCAGUAUUCGUUUCCUAUACUGUGCUAUAUAAGACUGCUUAAAUUGUAAAUGCAAAUAAUAUUAUUUUUAAAGAAAUAAAAUUAUUUAUGAGUA